UUCUCACCACCACCACCACCACCUACCUCUACUCCCUUACUUUCUCUCCCUCUCUUCAACCGCUAACUCCUUUUCUUUUCUCAAACCAAAACAAAACACAGCAAAAAAAAAAAUGGGCAUUAGAAAACCAAACAAACUACCACAAACGGCAGUGAUAAAGCAAAUCCUCAAGAGAUGCUCGAGCUUGGGAAAGAAAAACGGCUGCGAAGGGGACGAAACGGACCACCUUCCCCUCGACGUACCGAAAGGCCAUUUCGCGGUGUACGUCGGAGAGAAGAGGAGCAGGCACAUAGUUCCUAUCUCGUUCUUGACUCACCCCGAGUUCCAGUGCCUCCUCCGACGCGCCGAAGAGGAGUUCGGGUUCGAUCACGAUAUGGGUCUCGUUAUUCCUUGUGAAGAGGUGGUGUUUCGCUCUCUCACUUCCAUGCUCAGAUGAGAGAGAGAGAGAGAGAGAGAUGGGUGUAAGAUGAAGCAGUUUUGGUGCUUUGUCUUUUUUUAACAUCUUUCUUUGUUUGUUUUAGGUUUGUGGCUUUUUUGGGGGGCCUCUUUGAGACCCUUUUGGGGUUUGAUGACUACUAGGAAGCUUAGUUCUAAAAUUGGAAGACCCAUGAAGGGAGAGAGAUUGUGGGUUAGAUUUGUAAAGAAGUUUGAGAUUUUGCCUCACAGAGGGGUGUGUGGUUUUUCACUUUCACCCUGUGAGAGAACUUGAUGUUUAAGCAUUUGCCUUGACAA